UUGCUGAUUUGCAUUCUAAAUUUUAUAGGUCAUCAUCGGUAUCUCCGCUUCGUCGGUCAGCACAGUGUCAUCACAUUGUUUUCAUUACUUUCUUAAAUUCUUGGCGUAAACGUUGUAGUAUAUCAUGGCAAUCCGUGUGGCUAUAUUUUUCGCUGUUCUGUGUGCGGCCAGUGGUCAGCAAGAUGCGCCUAAGUAUGUUUGGGACAUCCUGAAUCCGACCAUGUCAGCACCGGAGAUUAUUGAACUUUUAAGCCAAGCUGUGCCUGAGCAGUCGUAUCCUGUACUGACGGAAAUACCGGUUACCAGUGCUUUCGACUGUGGCGGGAAAAUCCCUGGAUUCUAUGCCGAUGUCGGCACACGGUGUCAGGUUUUCCAUAGGUGUGACUUCAAUGGAAACAUGACCAGCUAUUUGUGCACCAAUAUGACUGUUUUCAACCAGAUUACACUGGUCUGUGAUUAUUUUUUCAAUGUUGACUGUGCAAAGUUCGCCCAGUAUGUUAAUUUCUCCAAUUCCCGUCUGUACACCGACAAACCGCUUUUUGACUCUCCCCCCGAUGGCUACGUUGCACCCAUGUCGGAGAAGAUGAAAGCCUUAGUUGGCGGUGCCCGAUCGCCCCCCGCUGCACCAGCACCGACGCCCGCCCCGGGCAAAGCUGCUCCCGCGUCCAAAGCGCCGGCACCAGCUAGCAAGACCCCCGCUCAACCCAUCAAAGUCAGUGGAUCGACCAGCAUCUCCGCCAAGAGCGGUCCGGCCGGACAGCCCUCUUCCGCAGCUGCCCAGUCCAGCGCGUCCGCGGCCACCCCGACCAAAGGAGGAGCGGCACCAACUAAAGGUGCUGCCACAGCCGCCGCCGCCAAACCGACUGCCAAGCCAACACCGGCGCCCAAGGCCACGGCGCCGGCUCCCGGAAAGGUCAAAGCACCGGCAGCAGCGGUCACAACGACAACCACCACGACGACCGCUGCUGGUGAGAUGACACCGGAAAUGACGACGGAAACGGCGUCCGCUGCACCGACCGACCAGGACACCACUGCCUCAGCAACCACUCCGGCCAAAGGAGCAGCAGCCCCGGCUAAGGGUGCCACCACAGCUGCCGUUACCAAGUCCACGGUCUCGGCAACCACCCCGGCCGCGGGCAAAAGAGCAGCAGCACCGAUCAAGGGUGCCACCCCAGCUGCCGCCGCCAAACCUGCUAAGGCGACCCCGGCACCCAAGGUCCCGGCGCCGGCUCCUGGAAAGGGCAAAGCACCGGCCGCAGCGGCCACGACGACAAUUACCACGACGACAGCUGCUCCGGAGACGACACCGGAAGGGACCGAUCAGGACACCCCUGGCGCUGCUCCAGCAGAGGCCACACCGGCAGCUGAGGAUGCCAGCGCGGAAACCACAACGGCCGGCGCUGUCGAAUCUUCGGAAUAAUCGGGUUCUAUAACACACAGUUUUUUAUUUGAUAUAGCUUGCAGACAUUAGAUAUUGCAGAGAUCAUUCAAGCUAAAAUCGCUGUAACCAGCGUGGCUUAAUAACUGUCGGAAUUUUUUUAUUUUUAUUUUGUAAGCCAGUGGUUAAAAACGCAAGUUCAAUAAAGUCUAU